AUGGCAUCUGAACGCAUCGAUAGGAAGAGUCUUCGAAGGCUGCGCUGCAUAGAGAAAGACAACGUAUCAAUUGUUCACGCUCCGUCCUCCGUCGGCCCUCUGUCACUGACAUUUGGCGACGCUAUCCGCAAACAAGCCAAAGAACGUCCGGAUGCACUCUUUAUACAAUCGCAUCACCAACAAAAGAGUCUAACUUACUCUCAAGCCAACGAUCGAAGUGACGACCUAGCUCGUGGACUCGCAGCGCAGGGAGUCAAGAAAGGAGACCGAGUGGCCAUAAUGGCCGGCAACGAGAUUGAGUAUAUUGAGGUGUUUCUGGCAUGCACGAAACUUGGAACCCCGUGUGCCCUCAUCAACUAUGCCUACAGCGAACAAGAACUGCAUUCGGUCCUGGCGUCGAUUAACGUGUCUGUCCUGAUAAUGGUCCCGGCAUUCGACCGCUACGACUACCGCCAAUGGAUUCCCCGAUUCAAGGAGAGAAUCCGUUGCUUACAGCAUAUCGUCUUGCUCCACGGGAGCCGCUCAGACAUGGAUCAUGGUCAUGCCAUGGACUACGAGUGGCUAGUUUCCUCGGGAGCACGACAUGAAAUGGAUUAUGAUCUCGAUCUCGAACGUGUUGCACAAACUCUCAGUGACCAAGAGGUCAUCAACCUCCAAUUCACCAGCGGUUCGACGGGGUUGCCCAAAGCAUCGGCACUUACACAUCGAGGCUUACUACACUGUGCCAAAAACAUUGGAGACACAAUGUACCUCACGCCCUCGGACCGCAUUUGUCUACCCGUGCCUCUAUUUCACAGCUUCGGAAUAGUCAUUGGAGUCACUACUGCCCUUGUUCAUGGCGCGUCCGUAGUGCUAUGUGACAACAAGUUCAAUGUCAAGGCCACUCUGGAAAGUAUAGGUCGGUAUAAGUGUACUGGCCUAUACGGUGUGACCACCAUGUUCAUCGCCGAGAUGAACUACCCAGACUUCGCGGCCUAUGACCUCUCGACCCUGCGUUUCGCCAUCCUCUCAGGCUCUGCCGUGCCCGAGGCGCUGGUUCGAAAGGUAUGGGCUUCCAUAGGAAUUACACAAACGCACACCAAUUGGGGAAUGACAGAGGCAGGGUCUAUCGUCACCAUGACCCGUGACACUGACACACUACAUCAACGAAUGUACACAUCAGGCCGACUAUUUCCUGGAUUCUCGGCUAAGAUCGUCGACCCAGCUACAAAUCUUGUCGUGCCACGAGGCGAGAGAGGAGAGAUCGUCCUUCGCGGGCCCGGCAUUCAAACCAACUACUUCUCUAACCCCAGCAAAACGGCGGAGGCCCACGUGAAAUCGCCCGAGGAUGGUCUCGAAUGGUUCCAUACCGGUGAUCAAGGCAUUAUCGACGAUCAAGGAUUCUUCACCAUCACAGGCCGCAUCAAGGACAUGAUCAUUCGAGGAGGAGAAAACAUCAGUCCCGUGGAAAUUGAGGCUCGCUUGGCGGCACAUCCCGCAGUCGCACAAAGUUCGGUGGUCGGCGUGCCCGACGAGAAAUAUGGAGAGCAAAUCUGUGCAUUUCUUGAGCCCCGGGCGGAAUCUGUGUUGCCCUCGGAUGACGAAGUCAGAGCUUGGGUUAGACAAACCUUGGCUCAUUUCAAGGCACCGAGAUACUUGGUCUGGCUAGGGACCCACUCCAAGUUUCGAGCCUGGCCCAAGACCGGGACGGGGAAGUUGAGGAAACCUGAUCUGAGAAGGAUUGCUCAAAGCAUAUUGAGCGAGGCCAGUGCCCUGCCAGACGACCGUGGGACACUCAGUUCUAGGCUGUAA